UAUGGUUUACGGCACGCAAUGCGCGUUCGUAACAACAGUCCAGCACUUUGGUAGCACGCCUAGCUGUUAUAGCGGUCGGCAAAAGAUUGAAGAGGAGUUAGCGCAGCAAUGUUUUGGUUACGGUCGGUUGUUGCAGUCAGCAUUUUGUUGUCAGUAGCUGCUGUUGAGCUAUCUGCCUUCUACCCGUUUGGAAGCGACGAAGGCGGCCAAUUACUUCCUCCGAACGAUGACGAAUCGACGCCCCCUCUCAACCUCACCGUGUCCUUUCCGUUCUUUGGUACAGAUCAUGGCACCAUAUUUGUCAACAACAAUGGAGUUAUAUCAUUCACGAUACCAGUGAGUGCGUUCACUCCAGCGCCAUUCCCUCUUGGGAAUGGACUACAGCUGAUUGCCCCGUACUGGGGAGAUGUGGAUACGACAGGAACUGGUCAAGUCUGGUACAGAGAGACAACUAGACCUGACCUUCUCGACAGAGCCCAGCAACUCAUAAGAAGAUUUUUUCCCGACCAACAAGAAUUUGAGGCCAAUAGCAUCUUUGUUGCUACUUGGGAUCGUGUUGGCUACUUCUCAUCACAUACAGACAAGACUAACACUUUCCAGUGUGUGAUGGUGACAAACGGAGCCAAUUCGUUUGUCAUAUUCCUCUAUGCGGAUGGUGGAAUUCAGUGGACAACUGGGGACGCUUCUGACGGUGUGGAUGGGUUUGGUGGAACUCCCGCACAAGUGGGGUUCCACAACCGCGGGAGACGCAUCGCAGUGCAACACUACUGCGUCCAGACGGCUGCCAUUGUGGACAUUGAGUUUAGCGUCAAACGUUGAGUGCCUGGAUGUGGGUUUGCAGGUUGACGACAACGAGCUGGGGCGGUGGGAAAUGUAUUAUAUGCAAUCUCAAACUAACUCCUCACUAUGGCAACCAAUUGGGUGGAGCUCCCAUCAUUGUGUCUGGGGACGACAUCACAUUUAUGGAAGAUGAUGAGAUCACUUGCAACUUUGGCGACGAGAAAGUAGACGGAGUCUAUGUUAAUGAGCAGCAGGCAAUCUGCGUGUCUCCUGAACUCUCUGAAACAGGAAUAAUCUUCUUUCAGUUGAUGGUUGUACGUGAUGGAAGAAUUACCUUCCGCGGAGAGGCAAAUUACAAUUCCCUGCCUUUUCAGAGAGCUUUUGAAGGUGUUGUUGAAAGUGAGGAACCUGUCUUUGAGAGGGGAGCUAGAGUCACUGUAUUCUGGUCUCCACUGAGUAUUUUCCCUCUUGUAGACGAAGAUAGCUACAUGGUAGACAUUACCGUACGAGUACAAGACAUAGGCACCGGUGAAUGGAAGACACUGGCAACACUGGCUUCAGAUCUUCCUAACAGUGGGGAGGCAGGAGUCACCAUUCCCGAUAUUCCAGAACUCGAAGCUUUUGAGAACACUCUUAACCCGGUUGUCAUUGAAGUGGGUGUCAGCGCUACCUCUAUGGUGGCAGGUACAAGAAAACGUGGCAUUCUCUCAGACGUUCUCCAAAAAAUCGGUCGCCUCGGUCUGCGUAUCAUUAAGCAAAUGCCUAUGAGGAUCAUAAAGAAGAUUAUCACGCAAGCUGCACAGCGUGUAGCUUGUGAAGCAUGGGCAGAGUUUAUUGAAGAUGAGAACAUUGGACAACAAAUCAACAACCGCUUACCACCAUGCCCGUGUACAGCAGAACGUGCUGCACUACCCAACAGCGGUUUCAGGGAAGAGAAACUGUCGUCCGUUGUAAAAGUCGUCGGACAAGUCCAGGAUUUCUUUGGCACGACAAUAGCCGACGAUGCAUUCCGUAACUAUUUCCAUCCCGGUGCUGCCAGCUGCUACCGCCAGAAAGUUGAUAUUCCGUCGUUGACUGGGGGCUCAGGUCAACAAUGUUGUUAUAAUACAAUUGGUGACAUCAUUGUUGGGCAGCCUGGAGGAGGAACAGUCGACCUAGUCUCUCCUGAUGUUAGCACUACGGAGCACUUUUUUCAAGACGUGCUCCCUUUCUGGCUCUGCUGCAAGGCUGGUUUCUUUUCAAACUGUGGGAGAUACUACCAGUAUCGCCCAUCGGAUGACUGUUCCCGAUCUGUUCCCCCACCACCUCCUGCUAGGGCCAGGGGAGACCCUCAUCUGGUGACUCUUGACGGACGUAAGUAUACGUUCAACGGCAGAGGAGAGUUUACUCUGAUUGAGACGUCUGACAGCAGCAUCACUCUACAGGGGAGAAUGGUCGACAUAACAAGUCAGAAACGGGGGUAAUCCAAUGGCUACUGUGUUCUCUGCCAUCGCUGCAAGGGAGAGAGACUCGGAUGUCGUACAAUUUCAGGCAUCAGAUAAUGGUACUAUUGUAGCCCUUGUCAACGGCGAGCAAGUUGACUUUAACGUUAUCGAACAGCAGUUUAAGAACGUUACGGUGGCUGAUCUUGGAAAUAAUACACUGUCGGCGACAUUCUCCAGUGGUGCAUAUCUCGAGGUGCAGCAAGAGAACAGUAUUUUGUCCUCGCUAGUGAUCAGUCUUCCAGAGAGCUACAAGACAGUGGCAACACAGGGACUACUGGGAACAUUUAACGGAGAUACUUCUGAUGACCUUAAACCAAACAAUGGAACUGUACCUCUUCCUUUAGACUCCACCCUUCGAGAUAUCCAUUAUGAUUUUGGAUUAACUUGGAUCAUUGACACAUUCUCAGAGAGUUUGUUUUCGUACCCGCCCGGGGAAUCAUGGGCGACGUACUACUUGCCCACCUUCGAGCCAGUGUUUCAACCAGUGUUUCAAGAUGUGGAUCUCGAAACGGAGGCCAAUAGGUUGUGCGGAGACGAUGUGUUUUGUCUGUUUGACAUCGCGGCCACUGGGAACACUGAUCUGGGACUCAGCACACUACGUACCAGCCAAGAGAUAGAGAAACUGGAAGAACUAUCUCUGCCAAUUACAUGUGACCCUCCAUGUGAGAACGGUGCUUGUGUAGCCAAUGACACAUGUGCUUGCUCUCAAGGAUUCACUGGAGACCAAUGCACUAGAAAGAUUCUAAUGGAGUGUGGAGAGAACCCUUGUGAAAAUGGAGGGACCUGCACAAGGCAUGUGAAUGACUAUACCUGUACAUGUCCACCUGAGUACUCUGGAUACUUGUGUGAAGUUACAUGUGACCCUCCAUGUGAGAACGGUGCUUGUGUAGCCAAUGGCACAUGUGCUUGCUCUCAAGGAUUCACUGGAGACCAAUGCACUAAAAAGAUUCUAAUGGAGUGUGGAGAGAACCCUUGUGAAAAUGGAGGGACCUGCACAAGGCAUGUGAAUGACUAUACCUGUACAUGUCCACCCAAAUACUCGGGAUACUUGUGUGAAGGUAAUUG